AUGGAGACUGAGAGUUCGCAGUAUGCAUUGGCUUUGUCAUCAUCAUCAUCUUCUUUACCUCCACACUAUCAAAAUCCUGAAUCAUGCAUAGGAAGCUUUAUCAAUCUGGCUUCUAGCUACAGAAGCUUUCUCCGUCAUCUGAAUCCCCACGGUUUAGCUCUAGGUCUUCAAAACGUGAUAUGUUAUGGUACGGAUAACAAGAAUGACAACGGAGUUCCACCUUACGUUGUUUUCAAGAAGACUCAGAUUAAGAUAUAUAUGUCUUUUUUAAUGUGUGUUAAUAAAAUAAUAGUUACGCUUCCUUCGAGCUUUAAGCAUUACGGUUACGGUUGUUUAGCAAGAGAAGCCACACUCAGUAAACGUUCUUCUCAUGCCACAAGCCCACCACUCCCGUUUAUCUUCUCAUCAUGCAAUCAUAACGGUGCGAAGAGACGUCAGAAGAUACUCCACAUUCUGAUGCUUCCUCAGUUAAUGGAUCACCCAGUGAAGUAUUACAAAUUGCUCUACCACAAUAUUCUGGUUCAGAUUUAUGUGAUCCUUGGUAUAUGCCUUGUGGUGAACACAUUAAUCAUCAAGCUCCUCCUACAUACGCUGCCUCCUCCGAGCUCGUGUUUGCUCCUCAAAAUCGAUGAAGGAUUGGAUUUAGAGGAAUUGACUAACAACUUCAAGCAGUAUGAGCUAUGGGGUGGUCCACAAGAAAACAACAACCUAGACGAUGUUAAUACUAUUGAUGGAUCUUCUUACGUGAUCUCACGAAGUCCGUUUGAUCCUAUCGGGAGACCUUGCAAUCCGUUUGGCCCUAUUGAACGACCCUUGCCGCAUCUUCCCUCUAGUUGUGAACUGGCAGAUUUGGGAUUUGUGUAA